GCCCGUUCCCCGCCGUUCCCCCGGCUCCCCCCGGCCCGGCCAUGGCGCUGCUGCGGGCGACCGCGCUGCCGGCCGAGGGCGGCCCGGCCUGGCUGCCCACGCACGUCCAGGUGACGGUGGUGCGGGCCCGCGGGCUGCGCUGCAAGGGCGGCACCGGCAAAGGCAAAGCGGGCGGCAGCGACGCGUACACCGUGAUCCAGCUGGGCCGCGAGAAGUACAGCACCUCGGUGGCCGAGAAGAGCGGCGGCAGCCCCGAGUGGAGGGAGGAAUGUGCCUUCGAGCUGCCCCCCGAGCCCGGGCCCCGCGCCGGGCUGGUGCUCACCGUGAUGCACCGGGCGCUGGUGGGCAUGGACCGAUUCCUGGGACAGGCCGUGGUGCCCCUGGAGCCCGCCCGGCAGCGCGGGAGGGAGCCCGACGAGCGGUGGCACAAGCUGCACUCCAAGGCCGGGAAGAAGGAGAAGGAGCGGGGUGAGAUCCUGGUGAGCAUCCAGUUCACACGGAACAACCUCACGGCCAGCAUGUUCGACCUGUCCAUGAAGGACAAACCACGGUCACCCUUCGGGAAGCUGAAGGACAAGGUGACAGGCAAGAAGAAAUACGACCUGGAGUCGGCCUCUGCCAUCAUCCCCAGCAGCCUGGGUGGCCUGGACGUGGAGGAUGACUAUGAAAUGGGGGGCAAGAAGGCCAAAGUCAAGGGCUUUUUCCUGAAGAACAAGCUGCGCAAGUCGUCCCUGACGCAAUCCAACACGUCCCUGGGAUCCGACAGCACCAUCUCCUCUGCCAGCCUGAGCUUGGCAGCAAAUGUUCCUGAGGUAACCAAAUCCCCGAGCAGACACAGCAGUCUGUCCAUGGAGCGCUCUGUGAAAGACUAUUUGCCGUCUCCCAAGCUGACCCACAAGAGAGCGUUCAGCGACGACGUCUCCCAGGUCAGCCCCGUCCUGGAGCCCAAAGCAAUCCAAAGCCUGAAGCCAAAGAACGAUCCCGUGUCCCGUUCUUCCCUCUGCAUCAACGGGAGCCACGUUUACAGCGACGAGCCCGCCCCGAAGAGCCCCGCGCUGGUGCCGCCCGGCUCUGCCCCGCUGCCCGUGCCCGCCGUGCCCAGGAGGCAGGACGAGGGGUUCGGCUUCACCCCGCUCCAUCCCGACCCCCACGAGGCGCCCUGGGGGGUCGGCGGCUUCGAGAGGCCUCAGCAGAGGGACGAGCCGAGGUUCAUCCCGUCUCCUCCCAGCUUAGCCCUGCAGGAAGAGCUCAAGGUUUCCACGAAGGCCGUCACCCUCAGCAACCACCUGGGCAGGGCCAGGAUGGAGGAGAGCAGCCGCCUGGAGAACAAGCCCACCCAAGCCGCGGCACCCGUGGGCUUCUCCUCGGACAAACAGCCCGAGGAGGCGAGGAAGGAAGAGAAGAAACCAAAAGGUGGCUUCUUCCACCACGGGGGCAACCGGAGCGAGGCGGGGAGCAAAGGCCAGGGGGAGAAAGUGGGACCCUCCGUCCAGGCCGCGGUGGCAGGAGACGAGAGGAGUAAGAGCAGCAGCUGGUUUGGUUCAAAGGAGCCCAAAGAUUCCCCUCAGAAACCCAGUUUCCCGUGUGGGCCGCAUGCUUCACCAGAGGUCGCUGGGAGCUUUUAUUCCUCUGAGGAUUGCAGUCCCUCUGCCUCCCUAAGGCACACAGACCCAGAGAGGGAGUCUCCAGCCAAAAGCAUUGGUGUCCCCGUUCCUGAAACCACUCCCCCAUCACAAGGAGACCUUCCUCCUCCGGACACCGAACCCGCUGUCCCUCCGCCGCUCUCGGAGUGGGACGAUACCUUCGAUGCCUUUGCCACCAGCAGGCUCAAGCCAGAAGGGAAGAAGGAAAACUUUUUUGCUUCCCUGGCAGCAGAGGGCAUGGCUUUCAUUGAUGAUGCUGAUGCUGCCAGCCCAACGGAGAGAGCAGCCAAGCCAGCCCACGAGAAGGGCACACAAGGAUUCGAAAAGGCCGAUUCCCAAAUCGGGGGUGAAAUACCCGCGGCUCUUCGGUCUUGGACAAAUUUCUCCAGUUUAGAUGUGGGGGCCAACUUGGUGAGCACAACCCAGGAGGCCACGGUGAUAGAGGACGUGCUGAGCCCCGUGUCUGUAGGGUCCAUGGGGAGGAGGAGGAAGAGCAGCACGCCCAUGGUUUGGACAGCCGCGUUUGCAUCAGGAAACUCCACGGAAAAAGAGGCUUCGACAGCACUAACGACUGGAAGUAGCACCAGGGAGGGAGGGGACAGUGAUGAGGAGGAAUCCUCUAGUGCAGGGACAAAUGGCUGGAUGACCAUAGCCACCGAAACUGCUCCUGAGCCCUCGGAGAGCACCCAAAGCGUGGCUGAGGAGCGCGUGGGUCAGGACAGCAUGUUCGGCCCACGACCCGCCUUCCUCGGCGACGGCGCCUUCGAAGCCAACAGCGCGUCCCGUGCCGCCGCCCGCGUGCUGCCCAGGAGCACCUUCCCCCCCGAGCUCACCCCUGAAACCCUACCAGGCAGCAACGUGGUGGCCGUGCCCCCGCGGGUGCUGGCGGAGGUGGCAGCACGGCCGCUCCCUGCCCCUCCCGAGCCGGGGACGGAGCUCCAGGGCACUGGGAAUGAGGAGGACACGUUCGACAUCCGGACGUCGGUGUACCGGCUCCAGGCCAGCAUGAGGCUGGAGGCCAGUGAAAGCCUUGUAAAGCUCAGCUCUGACAUCCGUGAGAGGCACGUCAUCCUCUCCCCGUGGACAGGGACCCACGAGCAGGAGGAGAUCGUGGCCGGCUCGGCGGUGCCACCCCCAAAACCUCCCCGGUGGUUCGCAGCCGCUGGAGUCGGAGGGGAUGGGGAGGAGGAGGAGGAGGCUCGUGGCCCACAGCGAGGCAGCGAGGAGCGAGGGGAAGACACCGAGCGCCCAAAAGCAGAUGAGGAGUUGCCAAGGAGCCGUGUGAGCAGCGAGCCCUCUGUGCCGGCAUCUCCCAGCCCGCCUGCCCUGGGAGUGGACAUCGCCGAAGCCGGGAGGGAGUUUCUGGUCUCCAAAGAUGCUGAAUGUGUGGACUCAGCAGUGAGAUCCAGCGAGCUGGGCAAAGGGGAUGCCUCUCUGGGGGAAGACCCAUCGGAGAUGAACGAGACGGAUGCAGCUGAGCAGUUCGAGACCUGCACAUCCAAGCUCUCCCUGGAUGGAUUAGGCCAGUCGGGUGCUGAGCAGAGCUGGAGCCAGCCCCGUUUGUCCCCUCAGAUGGGGCCCACAGACAGUGCCAAGUGGGAGCUGGCCUCCACAAAGGAGCCGUUCCCCGAGGAACUCAGUGUUUCAGGACUAAACCCACCUUCCAAGCUAGACCUGGGCCAGCCGGAAAUGUUCUGGACGGCUCUGGAAGAGCAGGAGGCAGCUGCUCAUCCCGCUGGUCUCAGCCCAAGGUUAGCGCGUGGGGAGAGCCCCCCCCGGCCGCAGCCGGCAUGGGAUGAUGGUGAGGGGCAAGAGGGACACCGGCCUGAGCCUUGUGCCCCCGGGGCAGUGUCCAGCCCUCCUGAGGAGGCAGAGCAGGGCAGACCCCCCUGCAGCGAGCCCGAGGGGCCGUGGCACUCUGCAGACAGCAGGAUAGACUUCAAGAAGGCGGAUUUCUGGAAGCCAGACGGGGCGGAGGAGAGGCACAAGCAGGAAGCUCCAUCCCCGAAAAACCCCUUUACUCUGGCCCUCAGCCCCAACUCCCCAAGCAACCCCUUUGUGGAGACACCCCCAGACCCCUCCCUCCCUGCUCAAGCUGUGCUGCCCGAAAAGCUUGACCAGGGCGACUUCAGCUUCGCCAGCCUCCAGGAGGAAGCCCUCGGGCAAGGCUUCCGGCCCACUAACCCCGCCGGGCACCCGCUCGUGCAGCCUCCCUUCCCGCAUGCCAGCCAGCCCUUGGCCUUCUCCACCCCUUUCCUCGUGGCUGCCACUAACCCCGAGCAGUUUGGUUUCCCCUCCCCUGCCGUGUUCCCCGCGAGUCGCGGGGUCCCCGCCGCCUCCAGCCGCGCAGCCGCCCAGCCCUGCCCUUUGCCGCAGCCCGGGGACACACAGGCUUCAGCGCUCGUGGUUUUGCCCAGGGAGACACAGCCAGCUGAGAAGCCCCUUUUCCAGCAGACGACCAGUCCCCACCCGGUGAAGCCCAUCAGCGCCGCGGUGCAGGAGGUCUCUGCUGAGAAGAAGCAGCAGCACAGGUCCAGCCUGACCUCAGCACUGAGCAAUGGCCUGGAGAAGCUGAGGACAGUCACCACGAGCAGUGUCCAGCCCGUGGCCCCGACCUCCCACCCGGAGAAAACGGACUCCAAGAAGUUAAAGGAUCCCACCGUGCUGGACCAGUCAGCCAAGUAUUACCACUUGACCCACGACGAGCUCAUCCAGCUCCUGCUGCAGAGGGAGAUGGAGCUGAGCAAGAAGGAGGAGCACAUCCAUGAACUGGAGAACUACAUCGACCAGCUGCUGGUUCGCAUCAUGGAACAGUCUCCCACGCUCCUCCAGAUCCCACUGGGGGAAGGCAACACCAAGUAACCUCUGCCCAGAGACCAGCAGCACUCGCCUAGAGCACUUCUCCAGUAACCACGCUGCAAACAUCCCUGCACUCCCCCCUCCUCUUCCAAGAGGGCUCCAGUGGCUUCCGUUCGCAGAGUUUAGCGGGAAAGGUUGUCUGCUCCUUCCCAGCCCAAGCUUCUCCCAGCUCUGGCUCCAGGGAACUGUAGGGUGGAUGAUGGGCAGUCGUGCACCCUAUGGGGAGGAGCAGAGCCCUCUACCUGAGGCAGAUGCCACCUUAGGUUCCUGUCCUUGUGACCAAGUGCCAUCUUCUUGGGCGCUCACCCUGCCAGUGCUUUAAGUGGCCCAUGGACAUUUGAGAGCUGGAAACCACCUCGCCCAUGGCUUCAUCCUGCUGCUGCUGCUCUUCUGCCCACACUCUUCCUCAUCUCUCUUCUGAAGUGGUGUCCCCUGGCUGGAGGAUGAUGUUGAACUGGUUGAGGACAGCGGGGAUGUCUAAACCCAGGAAAGUUCUCCCAGCACGUUAGUGACUGGAGAGCAGGGCUGUUGUUGGAUGCCUCCUCCCCUUCCUGCCCCAUUUACCCCCCAGAAUGAAGGGUCUGUGUCUGAAGAGCCAGUUCCAGUUUGUGCCAGUUCCUGACUGCUGGGAGGUGCUACACAAAGGGACAACAGUGGAGUUGGAGGCCAUAAAGGACUUGAUCCAAUGUCACUGCCUGACCAUGAGCUGUGUUGGCUCCUUCACUCCGUGGGUGCAGAGUGGUGAUGCUGCCUCAGCUCCUCAAAACUCAGCUUGCAGCAUGGAAAAGUGAUGGUUUGUGCACCGUGAGGGCUCCAGGAGAUCUUCCUGCUUCCCACCCAACCCAUCCCCAGCCCGGCUGUGCCUCGAGGGGAUUCCUUUGUGUAUAAACCACAGCUCAGUUUUCUA